AUGGCAGACCUGCGUUUCGAAACCUCCACCAGCGAAGUCCCCAGCACGCCCGAGACGGAGCACAAGCGCCCCAGCCCCUUCGACCACAUCGAGCACGUGAACACUGCAAGCACGCAGGGCGCGACCCCUGCGCACCCCACCGUCGAACUGGGCGGCGUCGCGCAGCUCGACGAGAUAAACAGCUACGAGUACACAGCGUACAACUUCUCCACCGGCAAGAAAUGGUGGAUCCUCACCGUCGUGGCGCUCUGCCAGACGAGCAUGAACUUUAACGCAGCGGUGUAUUCGAACGCUGUCAGGCCGCUGAACGAGCACUACGGCAUCACGCGCGCUCGCGACGGCAUGGCUGCCUUCCUCAUUACGUAUGCCUUCGGCUGCGAGCUUUGGGCGCCCUGGUCCGAGGAGUUCGGCCGCUGGAUCAUCAUGCAGAUGAGUUUGUUCUUCAUCAACGUGUGGCAGCCGCUGGCGGGCGCGAGCAGCAGCUGGAACAUGGUGCUGGCGUCGCGUGUGCUGGGUGGUUUCUCGACGGCUGGUGGAUCGGUGACAUUGGGCAUGGUUGCCGACAUGUUUGAUCCCGAGGAGCAGCAAUAUGCGGUGCUUUGGGCUUCGUUCUGGUCGUGCAUUGGGAGCGUGAUUGGUGGGAUUUGCGGCGGGCCUGUGGAGCAGUACCUUGACUGGCGCUGGAAUUUCUGGAUCCAGUUGAUGUUUGGGGUUGGAGUGCAAGCUGUGCACUUCUUCACUGUUCCUGAGACAAGGUCGACCGUCAUGCUGGAUCGAAAGGCCAAGGAAAUGCGUAAGCAACAAAGGGCUAACGUGUAUGGCCCUAAUGGGAGCAAGUCGCUCAGCGCGCGCCUGUCGUGGAAGGAGAUCCGAAAGACGAUGUGGCGACCGUACCACAUGCUCUUGUUCGAGCCAAUCGUGCUGUUCCUCUCGCUCCUCAGCGGCUUCAGCGACGCCUUAAUCUUCUCCUUCCUCGAGUCCUAUGGCAUCGUCUUCAGCCAGUGGGAUUUCAACGCCGUGCAGUUCAGUCUAGCCAUGUUCGCACUACUCCUCGGAUAUUGCCUCGCGUACUUCUCCUUUUUCCCAGUGAUCCGACACCACAACAAGCUGCGCAAGACGGACCCCGCAAAAGUCACACCCGAGAGCCGUCUCUGGUGGCUGCUCUUCCUCGCCCCCUUGUUGCCGAUCGGCCUUCUCGGCUCAGCCUUUGUUGUGACUGGACCUCCGCUGCCAUGGAUCGCCCCACUUAUAUUCGCCGUCCUGAUCGGCACCGCAAACAUGGCCAUCUAUUACGCGACCAUCGACUACAUGGUGGCCGCCUACGGAGGCAAGUACGCUGCCUCGGCCACUGGCGGAAACGGCUUUUCUCGCGAUCUCCUCGCCGGCCUGUGCGCCUUCUACACCGGCCCGAUGUACAAGUCGCUCGGCACUCAAAAUUCUACAUUCCUCCUCUUCGCCGUCUCCUUCUUGGUGUGCAUCCCAGUGUACAUUUUCUACUGGAAGGGGCCGCAAGUGCGUGCGCGGAGCAAGUGGGCGCAGAAGGUCAAGGUCGAGCAGGAGAAGAUGGGUAGAGUCAGGGAGGAAAUCAAGGCGAGGCGUCAGCAGUUGGAGCCGUGA